AGCAAGAAGAAGAAACCCAAGCAAAAUUUAAGCCGGAAAAAAUAAAGCACAUUUGCGGCAUAUUUUAUUUACGCCGACAAUCAUUAUUACUUUGUUAAUAAAGUAAAAGAUAACGGCUUCAAGAUGACUAUCGGCAAGAACAAUAAAAUGAUACAGCACCUGAACUAUCGGGUGCGGAUUGUGCUGCAGGACUCCAGGACUUUCAUAGGCACCUUUAAGGCAUUCGACAAGCACAUGAACCUCAUACUGGGCGACUGCGAAGAAUUCCGUAAAAUACGUUCCAAGAAUUCCAAAGUACCCGAGCGUGAAGAAAAGCGAGUUUUAGGCUUUGUGCUUCUUCGCGGAGAAAACAUUGUUUCUCUUACGGUUGAGGGACCACCACCACCAGAAGAGGGUUUGCCUCGUGUGCCCAUACCAGGAGCUGCGCCAGGACCAGGAUUAGGUCGUGUAGCUGGUCGCGGUGUACCCAUGAAUAUCUCCUCUGUGCCCGCGGGCUUGCAGGGUCCAGUUAGAGGCGUGGGCGGUCCAGCUCAGCAGCAUAUGGCACCAAUGGGACGAGGUGUGCCAAGAGCGCCUAUGAUGGGCGCGCCACCACCGGGAAUGAUACCCGGUGGCAUUCCUGCUAUGCCCGGACUGGGACGCGGUGCGCCGCCUCCAAUGCGAGGACCACCACCAAUGAUGCGCGGCGCUCCACCACCAGGACGCGGUGGUUACUAAGCCAAGCCCAAAUACAAUUUAUACGUGUAGUAAAUAAAAUUUUUCAGUCAAUAAUUGAUUAUUUAUAU